AUGGAAUUCAAGUAUAGAGCCAUCGAUGAACAGGCUUCAGCACCGUAUCUACCAAAUCAGUCCUCAAGCUUUAGCUAUUUCGCGGGACAAGCUGUUCGAGCUGGUUAUUCAAGUACCAAUUUCCGAGGAGCUCACGAGUUUUUCCCAAACCAUGUCGGCGAAGUGGUUCAACGGGAGAUCGAGAAGCAACGAAUUCGAGAAGAAAUAAUCGCGACAGAAAUCGUUCGAAAACGCAUUCUCGAGGCCGAAGUGAGAAGAGAAAUGCAAAUGGAGAGAGAAAUGGCUUUGAGGAGAGGAGAGAAUUUUUCAGUUCGUUUGUCCUCUUCAUCCUUGACAGCGGCGGCUAGGAGAUUUGAGCCGAAAGUGUCGGCUUUGGAUUGGUAUGAAGGAAGAACGAUUGAGGAGAGACUUGGAUUGUCGCUUGAGGAGAGAUUAGGGUAUUCGGUGGCUCGGCGUGCGAUUGGGGAGUUUGAGACGGUGCCAUUCCAGCGGAGUGUGGCGUUGAAGAUCUCCGACGAGUUACCGUUUCACCGCGGUGUGGAACCCAUGAAUUCUGAAACAGUGCGGCCUCGGCCAAGUGUGGAGUUAUCGGAGUUGAAGCCUGUUUCCGAGGUUAGCAAAGAGAAAGAGAAAGUAAUUUUCUUGGUCAGUAUUCCUUCUUUCUCUGUGUGUGUGUGUAUCCAACUGUUAUUUUUGGUUUCUUUCUUGGUCAGAAUGCUCACUGGUUAGAUCUGUAGCUUUUCUUCUGGUCUGUAAUAGAAAUUUGUCAGUUGAACUUUAAUUUAUGUGGGAACAUGCUAUGCAUACCAAAAAUUUUACCAAAAAAGUGAUUUUACCAAAUGAGAUGGUAGCUCCAUAUCACUCUUGCGCAGAUGAAAUGCUGAUCAAAAUAUUUUGAUUGGAUAUAGAGUUGUCAACUUAUUUGACAAAAGCAGUUUUUGGUAAAUGUUUAGGUAAGCAUAGCAUUCCUCAUUUAUGUGUAGGUGAUUGAUGAAAGGCAGAUUUUAUCAUGAAUUGAAUACCUUCAGUUCAACUCUUUAUUUUAAAAGCGGUUAAAUUUUGUCUUUCUUUCUUUCGUGGUCUGCAUCUUUUUUUUCUUUUUUUUUUUAUCUGGGGUUUUCUAACUCCUGAAAGGGAAAUUUCUCAGUGGAUCGGUCUUUAGUCUGUUAAAAAGCAAGCAUCAGAUCCCUUUAUGUACAUCGAUAAUUCUUUAGUGUAAUAUUCUCCCCUCAGUACAUUAAAGCUGUUUAAGCCUUUGCCUGGGCUGUGUCUUUGAUUGAAUAUCUCUUUUAUGUUCGUAAAUCAAUUUUCUUGCUGAGGCUGUUAUAAUCUUUUUUUUCAGCCAUAAGAUGUUUCUUGGGUAUGGAGUAAUGAUGUAUCUGUGCUAAAGUGUUAUCAUCCUCAUAAUUUUUCCUUUCUGAUAAUUGAGUUAGUUAUUAGCCUUGGGAUAUAUUAUCUAAGUUGGAGUGGUUGUCUGUGCAUAUUUAACUGCCUGUAGUUUCUUUGAUUAUAUUUUGUUGAGUCUAUAGUUCAUCGUGUCAUGUUGACAUCUAUGUGGUGGAGUAAAUAUUGAAUUUAGCGGUGACACCAUCCAAUAGGAACACAAUUAAAUGGGUAAAGAGAACCCCACUACUUUACAUGAGGUGGUUAUUUCCUUGGAGGGAUAGUUAUUGAAUUGGGUGGGAUCCACUUGCUCACUUGUUCCUAUUGGAUGGUGACAUCACGUGAUCAAGAUGAAGUGAUGUCACCACUACAUUGAAUAUUUUCUCUAGGUGGUAGCACCAUAUAUUUGAGUUAAGUCAUUUUUCCUGCUAAUAUAUGGGGAUACUUGUGAAGAAAAUUUUGGAUGAGACUUACUGUACGUGAUGCGGAUUUCAUGGCCUGAGGCCUAGAUAUGUUCAGUGAUGGGAUCAGAAUCCCAAAUGGGGUUUAUUUAAGGCUUAGAGCAUUGGUUGUCAUACACUUCAGAGACCCUUGAGAUGGUCUUCUUGCAGAGAGAAUCCUUGUGCUUUGGGUUUUGCAACCCAUAGUGGGGAGACUGGAUGUUUAAAAUUUGGAGAAUAGCUAAUUGCGUCAGUUUAAAUCACCAAGAGGUGCUGAAUUCGGGGUCCAUGCGGACUUCAUUUUGGGGAAAGGAAAGGUGCGUGUAUGAAGGAGCCUAGAUGAUAUAUUUUUCCUGUGUCACUUUUGUCUUAUUGUUGUAGCUCUUCAUAAAAAUAACAUCCAGUCUAGACCCCAGAUAAGUUUUGAUAAGAAAUUCUACUGCACCAAUUUCUCUAGUGGGGUUUAAACUUUGCAACUUCCUUUUUGUGGUAUUCUUGAGGUGCCAUUCAAGCUAAUAGCUAGUGGAAUAUUUUAUAGUUUCUAAGUACCUGAUGUGUGAAAGUGCUAUCCUGAAUAGAAAACAUCACUGCUAGCUGUUUGCUUGAGUGGUAUUUCCUCUACCAGAGGGAAGGUGUAGGGUUAAGUUCCAGUUGGGACAUUGAUGCUCAUUACUUAUCAAAAGGAGGGGGAAAAGAUUGUAUAAAAAUCCUAAAUGUUUUGGUGGCAAAAAUCAGAUGAACACUUAACUAAUAUCAAAAUAUGUGUAGGUUGAAGCUAAAUUUAUGUUUGGCAUAAUCAUUUUUUGUAGGAGAGAUGUUUUUGGUGAUAUUAUAAGGUUCUAGGCGUUUAUCUCUCUGUGUCUGGUUGCCCUUACCCAUCCGUCUGGUGACCCUUACCUAUUUCUUUUCGACCAGCAAUUUAAAAGUCGGCCACGAUGGGGCAUCAAAGUCAUUGGUUUCCGAGAUUAUUUGAGUGGGUCACCAUAUCUACAAUGGUUUGCUACGUAUUUUUCUAAAAGUGUUGUGAUAGUGAUCUUGCCAUAGACUAAUUUCGGAGAAUGAUUUUGUUGAUCCCCUUAAGCAUUGAUCUGUCACUUGGGGGUUGAAUGGGGUGGGCUGUCAUGUCUAUGCACACCCUGCUUGUCUAGAAUUGUCAUUGGCAUGUUACAUUGUUUCAUGUAGAUUGUGAUAGCUGUGUCUAUUUCGGUAUUCUGGUAGCUGUGUGUCACUUUAUGCAUUCUUAACACACACAUUGCAUACACUUACGUGUCUUAAUUUUCACCAUGGAGUUAGAAAUAUAUUUGAUUACUGUAUAAUGGAAAACAUAGUAGAGGUGAUAGUUUUGACAAAUCAUGGAGAUGGGCAUAUGAGCAUGUUCACAUCUCUUCUUUUUCCAGUGAGCACAUUAUCAUGUGUCACGGACAGAUGAGCUACUGUAUGCCCUUUUUUAUUCGAACUUGUAAGCAUUCUUGGUGGCUGCUGCUGUUGAUAUAAACUGGUGUUUUUUUUCUUGACUAUAUAUGCUCACAGUGUAAGUUGGUAUUUGAAUUUUGUUCUUUAACUUCUUUUUGUUCAUUUUAUGGUUUGGACAUGAGUGUAACAAGACAGAGAACUCAGGCGCUUAGGAAGUUUUCAGCAUUCAAGCUUCUUGACACGUUCGAUCACUGUGACUUGAUAGCUUGGAUAGUUUGACCCCUGGGUUUGGAGAAUAACCUAAAAGUGACUCGAGUUGAUUGAGAUCCGAGUAAUAAGAUAAUGGGAGUUCUAAGGAUGAAAUUGUUGCACUCUCAUUGGCAUAUGAAGUCUCAAUCCUAAUGCCUUUCUAAUGUGUAAUCUCAUGGUUUUCUAGUAAUCUUCUCCAUGACUUGGUUGUGGUAUGGCAGUCAUUAAAGUGCAAGUAAGAAGUCUCCUAUGUGACUUGAUGACAGCACUGAGCCUGGGAAGAAUAACUUUUGGAAAGUGUGAACCUCACAAUUUAACACAUUACUCUUUAGUUAUAAGUCUAGGGCAAAGUUGAAAAGUUUAGGGCAGUUAAAAGAAAGAACAAAGUUAUAACCUUUAAGUUUAUUUGGUCUUGGUAGGCCAUAGUGUAGCAGUAAGGUUGUUCUAUAAUGAUUUGGACGUUGCAAGUUCGACUCAUAAAAAUGUUCUCUCUGUGCACGAAGUUAGAUUGCAUAUAUCUAACCCUCUCCCGACCCCACAGCGGCAUGUGCCUUUUGCCCUGACUGCCCAUUCCUUGUCCAAGUAAAAUGCUCAUUAAUCCACUUAAAUGAUAAAUGAAAUUCAUAGAUUAAACUCAAUUAUGAUUUUUCAAAUAUUUAGUUAACAGGAAUUCUGCAUACAGCAAUUGCCUUAUCCAGCAAUUCUUGAUAGACUGGUUGUUUCAGACUAAGAGUUGUGUUGCUCUAAUUUUUCUAAAAGUAGGGGAUUGUUUUGAGGUUUUCACCAUAUGGACUUUGUUUGAGUAUUCUAUUGCAGGCUAAGCCCGAAGGAAACCUUUC